CUGGAAGACGGGAAGAUAAGGACAACGGUCUAUCGUAAGGCAACCAACACCGUGCGUAUCCUCCACUUCAGAAGCAACCACCCUGUCGGGCACAAACGCAGUUUUGUUAGGAACCUCUUCCAACGCGUUCAGACGCACUGCAGUGACGACAGUGGAAAGAAGGAGGAGAUUAAAUACUUGCAUGCCCUCUUUGAAGCUAACGGUUAUCCAAAGUCCUUCAUCCGCAAGUGUCUUAAGAAGCCCCACCUUGAGUGGUCAAACGGAGAAGGCCCCAUGUUUUGGCACGCUAUCCCUUAUGUGAAGAACGUAUCCGAGGCGACUGCAAGAAUCCUGAAGCCAUUCGAGAUCGGUGUGGCUCACAAGCCGGAAUCAACCAUCAGACAACAGACUAUGAGGCCCAAAGACCAGCUACCCUCGACAGAACAGUCUCGCCUUUGCCGGGGCUACCUGCAGAAGCAGUCCGAGGAGCAGCACUGUCAGUAG